ACGAAGGGGAAGCGAAGCGAGUUUCUAUCACCGCAACUUGGUCUCGGUGGCCUCUUGUCACCCAGCGCAACGACAGCGAGGCGUGCCUUGACACACGUCCUCUGCGCUACCAACAAGUCAAUCUUGGGAUAACAUCACCUCCCCACAGUAAUUACCCUCAUCAUCGUACUCGAAUUCACUCGCUCACACUCUCAUGGCUGUCCUCGUCUCUCAAUCCUGCGUCCGUACCUCUCUCAAUGACCUAGCUCCCGGCCAUGUCCCUCACCGACACGAUGCCUGAGCCGUUAUCUUCCCUGUCGCCCGCCAAGCAGAACUCCAGAUCCUCCCCUGUCAAGCUCGAUUUUCCCCAGAAGCCUCUUCCAGAAGCUCUUAAAUCCCCUAGCACCAUGACCACCACUACUCUUGCGCAGUCCGCCUCGAUCAAUCCUACCAAUAUUUCCCUUCCUGUCAUGGACGUUCCAAUCUCGUCCCCGACGCUCUCCAGUCAACCUUCUAGUCCGAGGAAGCCACUGUCGCCCAUCAAAUACCGCUUACAAGACGAAUCAAAAGUCGACAGCUCUCCCCCAGGCUCCCCUGCCGAGCCCACGGUGCGGUUCAAUGAAGGCCUCACGCGUGCGAUCGACGCGAUGCAGAAAGACGCAGCUGCGCAAGAUGAUGGUUUGGACGAGUCAAUAAUACACCACUCUCUCGACGAUGGGGUCGACAUAUCUACAGAUUGCGAAACUCCUGCCAGGGAGGCAUCUGAUACUAUGACCUUGACUCUGAGUUUGGGUGACAAAACUAUCCACGAUGACACAAUUGGAGAUCUGAGCACCAUCUCUGCCAUCCCGACAGACCUGACCAGAUUCGCAAACCUGAGAGACACUCCGUCCCAGUCCCGGCAGGAGCCUUGGUCGCCUUCCAAACAACUCAGACCAUCUGUAAUCACUAGUACUCCCGGCACUGCCCAACGCCCCUUGCGUCUGCUGUCUGCGUCUAGGAGGAGUAUCUCAUCAAAUGAGGAGGACGAAGCAACCCCCCGAAGAAAUACCUAUUUCAACGACUCCCCAACCGAUCUCAUGAAUUUCACGGGGCAAUCAAAUAUCUUGAUGCCCCCUCCCGGCUCUGUACAGCGCCCCAUCAGAAGAAGCCCCUCUGGGAGGAAAGGGUUCCCGAUCAAAGUCAAUCCAAGCCCCGUUCAUCGGUCUCAAGCCUCGGUGGAUCGCGAACGAGCUUCAGGUCGUUCUCCACAAAAGCAGGACCAGGCUCUAUUCGGAGACAAACCUAUCCCAUCAACACCUGCUAGUCAGAGGCACAGCAUGUAUGGCGCAACAACCGGGCUGGGAAUGGACCUGUUGGAUAUCGACCUUGAGCCAAUGGCCACGCCACGCUCCAUUCCCACCAUCACGCCCCGAGAGCUGGAAACUCUGCGGUCCGAACUGCAGUCGCGAAUCUCCGGUCUCGAAGCCACUCUAUCGGGCAAAGAGGCGGAGGUGAUGGCUUUGAAACGUGCCGUCACUGAUGCGGAAGUGCGAGUGGGAAAGACCAGCGAGGAACUUCGAAACGAGCGUGCCUCUCGGGAAGAGUUGGAACAUGCAAAGGAAGAGCUGGAGCGCCGCAGUCGAGAGAUGGAGGAAGUCCUUAGGGAGGUCAAACAGAACAUCUUUCUCGAGGAACGGGAAAAGGAAAAGCUUCGAAAACAAGCCGAAGAAGCUGAGCGAAAGACAGAGGAGCACGAAGUGCGGAUUCUUGAGCUUCAGGCUUCCCUUGACACCUUACGCUCUGAACGCAUCAAGUGCACUCCGAGCCCCGACAAGUCAAGCGGUCCUGCAACGCCCGGGGUGAGCACUGACAUUGAUUUUGCCGUCAAGGACGCCACAGAAAAAGUGGCUCGCGAAUUGCAUGCCUUAUACAAGAGCAAACACGAGCGCAAAGUGGCGGACCUCAAGGUUAGCUACGAGAAGAGAUGGAUCAAGCAAGUCGAACAGCUUCGAAUGGAGCUUAAAGCAUCUCAAGAGGAGGUACUCAAGCUUCAAACGGAAAAAGAAGCAACCAUGAGCGGCAUUAUUCCGGGUCAAAGCGAAGCUAUGUCCAAGAUGGAGGGGCAGAUUGAAGAGCUUCGGCGGUGGAACGAGGAGACCAACGCUGAGAAGAAAAUGCUCGAAGCCGAGGCAGCAGGGCUUCGAGGCCAAGUUGAUUCGCUCACCGCUGAGACCGAUUCACUGCGCAAGGAGAUUGAACAAGAAAGGGUUGAGAAGGGCGAGUUGGUCGCCCAGGUGGAUCUAUUCCUGACAAUGAGUGCUCAGCAAGAAGAGCAGCGCGUCAUGCAACAACCACAACAGCCCGUGAGUCCACCUCGGAGUGAGGAUGGCAACGGGCGACCAAAUUCAGCGUCCGCCUUAGCCAGUCCGAACAGAUUCAAGAGCAGCACAAACGGUGGAGAGUCCAGGACAGCUUUGCCAGGACGACCUCGACCAGUAAGCAUGCUGCAAAAGCCCACCGCUGGCAAAUACUCGGGUAUUCCAGCCCCCGGCUCCGGCCUGAAGGCGCCUUCAAGCAACAGCAAAGCUACUGGAUAUGGGGGCCGCAUCUUGGAGGGUAUUGCCCGAAUGGGUGCCGGCGGAAGAUGAAUGUCCUGGCUGAUCUUGGCUCUCAUGGGGUGGUGCCACGAGACUGGCCCAGCCUGGUAAUUUUGGAUACGAUUCGCAUGAUUGACUCCUGGACGACCUUGAUGACAACGGGGACAGAGUGGCCACGGCGUUUUCCAUUGCAAAGCGUGUGAGGUGUCUGAGCGAUUCUGUAGUUUCGAAUAGGAGUUGUUAUUGUUGUUCGGGGACAGAGCAGUUGGCUCAAUCGAAUAGUAUAUGGGAGAGGACGAAGCUGUGUGUGCAUCUGAGGCAUUCCGGAUCAAGGUAAAAAGCCAUGCCGCCCUAAUCAGAGACCCGCUGCCAAGGCUUCCUCAGAAUUCUCCAUACUUAGAACGGAAUAGCUCAAUAUCUGUAUCUCCUGCUCCUGUUCUUCUCCC